UUUAUGAAAUUUUUGAGGUGUUUUCCUGGAGAUGCAGUGGUAGUUCUGCCAGCUACAAACACUGCGUUUGUGAAAUUCUCUUUUCUUAAUAAACGGCAGUGAGUAAGUUUUUUCCGAGAGUCUCUGAAGGUAUCGAUUAACGGAGGAGGCUCCUCCUCGACAACAGUUCCCAACCUCCGACGAAAAUUCAAGCUGCCACAUUGAAGAGGAACAAAAAGGCGACCUGACAGCGGUUUCUGCACUCCCUCCACUUUCUCUGGGGUAGUCACGGGAUUUCAAUGUUGAUCCUGCUCUUUGGUUUCUGUGUCGACUUGAGCCGUACCUAUAUGGCGUGUGUGAGUGGAGAAUUUUGCCAGGCACAGCACCUCACCUACGCGGAGAAGUGAAUCGGCCGCCCCCCAAGGGACUUCGCCACCCAGAAACCCCCCUGACUGCCAGCACAGUAGGAACUGCUGACCCCUCUAAACGCCCGCUGGGAUACCGCGUAGUCCUUGGCCCGACUGCCCUGCCCUAUCCCAACCAAUACGAAAAGAGUCUUUGCUUUCCACUUUCUUCUCGAACAGCCAAUCACAAACAGCUCUCCUGAAUGGGCCGUCUCGCCAACAUGAACCGCCCCGCUGCAGUCGAGAUUUCCCACGAGUGCAUGAGGUUCCUCAUCACCCACAACCCCACCAAUGCCACGCUUAACAAGUUCACCGAGGAGCUAAAGAAGUUUGAGGUGAACACACUGGUUAGAGUGUGUGAGGCCACCUAUGAUAAAGCUCCAGUAGAGAAGGAAGGGAUACAGGUCCUGGACUGGCCCUUCGAUGAUGGUGCUCCUCCUCCCACCCAGAUUGUGGACGACUGGCUCAAGCUGGUCAACACCAAGUUUCGAGAGAAGCCUGGCUGCUGCAUUGCUGUGCACUGUGUGGCAGGGCUUGGGCGAGCUCCAGUCUUGGUGGCCUUAGCCCUCAUUGAAUGUGGGAUGAAGUAUGAGGAUGCUGUGCAGUUCAUAAGGCAGAAGAGACGUGGAGCCUUCAACGCCAAACAGCUUCUUUACCUCGAGAAAUACAGACCCAAAAUGCGUCUGCGCUUCAAGGAUAACUACAGCCCCAACUGCUGCGUGCAGUAGGCUGCCUGUCAGUGCGUCUUUCUUAUGCGCACGUUGUGGGGAAUCCUCCAACAAGGGGAGAUACAAAAAAAAAUGGAAAGAGUGCUAUCAGUAAUUAUUGUGAUGAUUUGUUAACACUGAGUUAUGGUUAAUUGAUCAGAGAGCAAGCUAGCGAUCGAGUGAAUGAAUCCAGAUCUGGGGAUCCACCAGCCGAACCAAUGAAUGGAAGGUCAAAGCACACAGAUGGGCCCGCUUCCCGGUUACACAGUUUAACCACGGGCCAAAUUUUUCCAAUAUUUUGUUUUUCAACUUAAGUCCAUCCUGUUCUGUUUUUCAGUUGUAAUCAUGCGAUAACAUUUUCCAUUUUGUGAACUUUUUUUCAUUUUUACACAAUUGUGAUAAGUGUAAUGUUAAAUGAUACUCAGUUUUUUAAAUCCAUAAAUUGUUGAUGAUUAGGCCAGAAUUAUGUAACUUUUAAACACAGUUUUAGACUUUGAACACAUUGUUACUGUCCAUUUUGGUAUUGGGGAGUUUUUUUUAUUAAUUUUUUAAUUUGUUUUGUUUUGCACAAAAGCUCAGAAAGUUCACCUGAAAAUGCAGUAAUGUCUUUCUUUUAUUUACCCCUCACUUGCUUAAAGCCACCUUCAUUUUUAGAGAUUCACUGAGUUUGAGUGUCUGAAAUAUUUAUUCACAAGAUACGCUUUGUGUGGCAGUUAUGAGUUUGGCAGGGGCAAGGACACUUUGUUAUCAAAUAGUAUUUUUUGUAUCCUUUAAGAGCCAUGUUUUGUUUUUUUGUUUUUUUGUUUUUUUUCUUGGAGUGCAAUAAUCAGUCCACCUCAGAUAAGCCCACUAAACCCUGCUGAACAUCUUAAACACACACAUACAGACGCACACACAAAAGAAAAGUCUAAAGCAACAUCUUCCACAACAGGUACUUCUUCCUUCAUUCACUCUCCCUCAUGAGGCUGUAAUAGGAUUUCUCUAAAUAUGCAUAAAUUCAUACACCCAGAGCCUAAGGUCCAAUCUGAAAGACAAGAUGGUGAAGAAUGAAAAUGGUCAUUUUUUUUAUCAUUGUACCCAUUUUUGAAAACAUCCCCAAUUCGUAUUGGUUCUUUCAAGAUAAAUAAAUUGAAAUACAAAGCAUAA